GGGACAGAGAAACAGUCUGCGCCAUACACAUACAGACUACGAUACCGAGAUGUGAGCAGGCAGUCAGACUACAAGUUUGCUUCUCUGAACUUGCCCUCCAUCUUCAUGGUGGACCUGGAGCCUGCCAGCAAGUACGAGUUCUCUGUGAGAGUUCACAGAGGAGACCAGCACUCGACUGGAGCUCCCCAGUUAUCAACACCACAUUUGAAUCAGCUCCCAGCUCCAGCCCCAGUCAUGUGA